AUGAGGAAGAGAGCUGAGCUUAAGGCUGUUGUGUCUAACCUGGAGAGGCCUUGGGAGGUGGUGGAGAAACCCCCCAAACUGUUCUCUGUCAGGGCCGAUGAGCAGCUCAAGGUUUUGGCUGAUAGGUUUCAGAAGCCUGGUGGUUUUGACCUUUGGACUGAAAAUGAUGGACCUCAACUGUUUCAAACACCUGAUGAGUUGCCUUCUGCAAGGUUCUUUCCUAAAGGGGUUGUUCAUAGUAUCAAGCCUUAUAUGAAGGUUACUGGUGAUGAUUUGGUGGAGGGACCAAAUGUUUUGGAAGAGGAUGGCGAUGAAGAGCGUUGGUCAGAGGAUGUUGAUGACGGUGAGGGUGGUUCUUCUCCUUUGAACUAUGGGAGGAAUGGAGUGAAUGUCAGCGGGCGAUUGAGAAAGAAUGUGAAUGGAAGGAGGUAUUUGUCAGAGGAUGUUGAUCGGUCCCAUGGUGAGCGUUCUUCUCAUUUGAAUUCUGGGAGGAAUGAAAUUGAAUGUUCAUGGUGUAUUGAGAAAGAAUGA